AUGGCUCCAAACUUAUUACAAAUCAUGCCAGAAAUGACCAUCGUAUCUACUGCAUAUCUGAAAAUAGGACUUAUUAGUAUCUUACCCUUUCGCAGUGGCCUGGUCAUAUGGAGGCUGCUUUUUCAUCCUUUGGCUGGAUUCCCAGGCCCCAAGCUCUAUGCAGCCUCUUAUCUCCCGUUCGUCAUUCAAAACCAGCUUAAGGGCAAAUUUGUCAAAGACAUCCUCAAGAUUCUUGAGAAAUAUGGACCGAUCGUUGUACCACAAUCUUACGGCUCCGGCGACAGAAUCGGGAUGCUUCCAAGCCGCCUCGAGGGCCAUCGAGGAAUAAAUCAAACGUAUGUCGACCUCCUUAUUACAAGACUGGGGGAAGCUUGCGAAGCUGAUCUUCCGGUCGACGUCACACGAUGGUUCAACUAUCUCAAUUUCGAUAUAAUUGGUGAACUAACGUUUGGUGAUCCUUUUUAUUCUCUAGUGAAGAGUUGUGAUUACCAUCCUUGGAUUGCUAAGCUCUUCAGUAAUCGUAGGGCCAUCGCCACAAUGCUUUUUUUCGAUAAUUACCCAAUCCUAAGGGCUCUGAUCCUUAUUUUUGUAGCCAAGCACAUUAGAAACAGAGCAGAGAGCGAGGAGCUGGCUCGAGUCAAGACGGCAAAAAUAUUGGCUCUUGGCACUGAUGCGCGCAGAGACUUUUCCACACAUAUUCUUCGCCACGAUAAAGAUGGCACAGGAAUGACCGAGGAAGAGAAGAUUCCAAAUGCAUGGGCCCUGCUUGUCGCCGGGAGUGAGACAAGUGCGAUGACAUUGUCCGGGUUGAUCUUCCAGUUGAGUCUCAAUAGAGAAAUAUAUGACAUCCUCACGAGAGAAAUUCGCGGAGCUUUCUCAGCCGAGGAGCAGAUCAACGUCAAGUUCACGGCCAGCCUUCAGUUUUUACGCGCCUGCCUGGAGGAAACCCUACGUAUCUACCCACCCCCGGGAGAAACUACACCGCGGUUAUCUCCAGGAGACUUCGUGCACGGACAUUGCGUCCCGAAAGGCAGUUACGUGUCUUUAUAUCAAUGGGCUACUCAUCAUUCUCCUCGGAACUUUAUCGACCCCGAUUCGUUCAAUCCACAACGCUUUCUCCCUGCAGCGCAUCCUCUAUUCGAGACGCGGUAUUCCAGCAUAAUAAAGCAGCAUUCAAGCCGUUUUCUGCUGGGCCUCAGAACUGCAUUAAAAAAGAACCUUGCCUACGCGGAACUUCACCUUGUUUUUGCUCGACUCCUUUGGAAAUUUGAUCGCUGA